GCUACAGGUACAUGUGACAGCGCUGCAGCGAUGAGUGGAAUUUUAAAGAGGAAGUUUGAAGAAGUUGACGGCUCCUCCCCCUGCUCCUCUGUGCGGGAAUCAGAUGAUGAAGUUUCCAGCAGUGAAAGUGCUGACAGUGGGGACAGUGUCAAUCCAUCCACUUCUAAUCAUUUUCCCCCUUCCUCCAUCCUUAAAAGGGAGAAGCGGCUGAGGACGAAGAAUGUACAUUUCAGUUGUGUCACCGUGUACUACUUCACCAGGAGGCAGGGCUUCACGAGCGUGCCCAGCCAAGGCGGCAGCACCCUGGGCAUGUCUAGCCGUCACAACAGCGUGCGCCAGUACACCCUGGGCGAAUUUGCCAGAGAGCAGGAGAGGCUCCACCGCGAGAUGCUGAGAGAACACCUCAGGGAGGAAAAACUGAAUUCUUUAAAGCUAAAGAUGACGAAGAAUGGCACCGUGGAAUCUGAAGAAGCUAGCACUCUUACAGUGGAUGACAUUUCUGAUGAUGAUAUCGAUUUAGACAACACCGAGGUAGACGAGUACUUCUUUCUCCAACCCCUGCCAACAAAAAAACGGAGAGCACUGCUGCGGGCCUCUGGGGUGAAAAAGAUUGAUGUGGAGGAAAAGCAUGAGCUACGAGCCAUCCGCCUAUCUCGAGAGGACUGUGGCUGUGACUGCCGGGUGUUCUGUGAUCCAGAAACGUGUACCUGCAGCCUGGCAGGCAUUAAGUGUCAGGUGGAUCGAAUGUCUUUCCCAUGUGGCUGCACUAAAGAAGGAUGUAGUAACACAGCAGGUAGAAUUGAAUUUAAUCCUAUCCGUGUCCGGACUCACUUUUUGCACACAAUAAUGAAACUUGAACUGGAGAAAAACCGAGAGCAGCAAAUCCCCACGCUGAACGGCUGCCACGGGGAGAUAAGUGCCCACAGUAGUUCCAUGGGCCCUGUGGCUCACUCCGUCGGAUAUUCCAUCGCAGACAAUUUUGAGAUUGAAACGGAACCCCAGGCUGCAGUGCUGCACCUGCAGUCGGCGGAGGAAUUAGAUUGCCAAGGAGAGGAAGAGGAGGACGGUAGCAGCUUCUGCAGCGGAGUCACGGACUCCAGCACCCAAAGCUUGGCCCCCAGCGAGUCAGACGAGGAGGAAGACGAGGACGACGAGGAGGAAGAGGAGGACGACGACGAGAAAGGGGACAGUUUCGUGGAAGCUUUGGGUCCCCAUGCCGAAGGGGUCCCUCUUCCUUCCGUCCUUUGUUACUCCGAUGGCACGGCCGUCCACGAAAGCCACGCGAAAAGCGCUCCCUUUUAUGCCAACUCUUCUACCCUCUAUUACCAAAUAGACAGCCACAUUCCAGGAACUCCCAACCAGAUCCCCGAGAACUACUCGGAAAGAGAGACUGUCAAAAGCGGUGCCCUCUCGCUGGUGCCUUACGCCAUGACCCCGGAGCAAUUCGUGGACUAUGCCCGACAAGCGGAAGAGGCGUACGGCGCCUCCCACUACCCAGCUGCCAACCCCUCUGUCAUCGUUUGCUGCUCCUCUUCGGAAAACGACAGCGGUGUGCCCUGCAAUAGCUUAUAUCCCGAACACAGGUCCAAUCAUCCUCAAGUGGAAUUUCACUCAUACUUGAAAGGCCCCUCCCAGGAAGGGUUUGGCUCUGCAUUGAAUGGGGACAGUCACAUUUCAGAGCAUCCUGCUGAAGAUUCUUUGAGCCUCGCAGAAAAGAGCAGAUUGCACGAAGAGUGCAUCAAAUCGCCCGUGGUGGAGACUGUCCCUGUUUAGUAGCUUAAGUUAUUCUUGGACCAACUCUUCUCCUGUGUAAAGCACUGUAUUUAAUUGGAUUUCCUGGGCUCAUCGUGGUUUCAGCUGAGGACCAAGAAAACUUGGACCGUGGUGAAUCUUCCAGACUGUAUUUUGUUUUCUCCCUUCUAGCUACGUGACUGUGCCGUUGCACAA